AUGGCCAUUCAGGGUCCUGAUCAAAGUUCCAUCCUAUCCUUUGCUGCAAAGGUUCUCCUCUGCCCAGUUUUGUUUCGCCCCUGCUUUUGCUAUGGCUUCCAGAUCGGCGAUUUUUCUGAUUCGACGGUGGCGGUGGCUGAAGAUCGUGCUGAAUUGUCCCUGAUUGGCAAGGUUUUUGGCCCUGCUCCCAGUGUCCCCAGUAUGCAGUCCUUCCUUGCCGAUCUUUGGCGUUGUGAGGGCUCGCUGACCAUUCUGUCUCUUAUCAAUGGUUUGCUUGGAUUUGUCUUCUCCGACUCCUUUGAUUUGGCUCGGAUCCGUGAUGGUUCUCCUUGGAUUCAGCCUCGCUACAUGAUACAUGUCAAAUCCUGGGAGGAACCGUCUUUUGCGGCUGUGGAGUCUCUCAAUCGUGUACCGCUUUGGGUGCAAUUCUGGAGGGUUCCUUCUCAUGGCCACACAGUGCUCAUGGCCCGCUGUCUGGGCUCCGCUCUGGGCGAUCUGAAGGCUGCAGCGGUUCACAUCGGCAGCAACUCUGGUGGUGUCUACCUUCGCGCGAAGGUGGCCAUUGAUGUGACGGCUCCUCUUCCCGUCUCUGUCACUGCUUCUCAUGAACUCCAGGCCAGGAAUCCCUUCGAGGCUACGGUGCUCUAUGAACGACUCCCUCUGUUCUGUUUUAAUUGCGGUGUGAUUGGUCACCCACGGAGCCGUUGUGAUCGGCCUGAAGUUGUGGCUGCCGGUGACGUGCCCCCUUAUGGUAAAGAUUUGCUUGCUCGAGACAAGGGGCCGCGUGUCAACGAACAGAAUCUCCGCCGUCGUUUGGCUCGUUUCUCCUGGAGGCGUCAGAUGGAGGGUUCGGCGUUUGAUCGCCGUUCUGUGGUGCUCGCUCUACCUGCGCCAUUAGCUGUUGCAGUCCUGGGGGUGGAGGAUUUUCAGCGUUUAUCUCUGGAUCCUCCGUUGGGCGUAGAGAAUGGCUCUCCCUCCGCUGGUCGCGUUCAUAAGAGAGGGGAGUUGGAAGAGGUAAUGCUUCCUUCCAAUUCCAAGUUCCAGUGUGUGGAAUCUGCUGCAAUUUCUGUUUUGGCUGUCAAUGAUCAUGGGGUGGAGGACACCGGCCCAAGUCGGUCCCAAUUUGAUCCAUGA